AUGCCGUUCACCUGCGAUCACGAGGGCUGUGGCCGCUCCUAUCUACGCAAAGAGCACCUUACGCGGCAUAAGAAGGAGCACGCCAAAAUACCUUCAUUUGAAUGCCCUUCAUGUGGUACUAAAUUUACUAGAGGAGAUACUCUCCGCAGGCACAUGGUCCUUCAUGGCCCGUCUGCCCCGCCAACUCGAGUGGCACAAGCAUGCGUAUCAUGCCACCGUAUGAAGACGAGAUGCGAUGGUCAACAGCCCGUCUGUUCGACGUGUCAUGAAAAAGGAAAAUCCUGCGAAUGGCCGCAACCACGCGGCAAACCAUCGUCUUUAAAGACCGUUAGAUCAUCCCCGCCCAGUUCUAGCCUGUUAGCAGCCGCCUGCACGCCGUCUCCCGACCCGGUCAUCCUGAUGGAACCCAUGAUGCCAGGGAUGCCGCCCGCCGGCUUGCUUACGCAGACGGCCAUGCCACUCGGGUUGAUGACAGAUACCGACAUGUUCGACUUUGUCUCUGGAUCGAUGCUCGAUGAGGGUGUCAGGAGGCAAUUGCAGAGUGUCUACUUUGAACACUUUCACCCCCAGUGGCCACUUCUACAUCGGGAGAGUUUCGAGUCCACCUCUCAACCAAAACUGUUGAUACAAGCCGUAGUCACAGUUGGCUUAUGGUUUUCGCCAGUCCCCGAGUACAAGGACCUUGCCAUCAAAUUUCAUGACCACCUUCUAAAAGAGAUGGGGAACAUGCUUCUCGACAUGCUGGAGGAGUCAAGACAGGGCUUGCUAUCUCCUCGAUCAGACCUAUUACCCAUUCUUCAGGCUGUAUUGAUUUCAACAAUCUUGGUGCCCUAUCGGGCGGACAAGGCAAUAGAGAAUGUGAUGAUGACGCAUGCCAUGCUUCUCGAGAUCUUCAAGGCAAUAGGAGUUUAUGACCAGCAGAAGAUAAACACUGCCUCGCAGCUGUAUGGAAGCAACGCAUACCCUUGGGUUUUUCGAGAAUUAUAUCAACGUCUUGCCAUUUUCCAAUUCAAAAUUCACUUAGUUCUUCAAGCCAUUUUUAUCACUAUAUACCCGGCACUACGAAUAUCUCGAAACGCAGAGCCAGCCAUGCUCAAAAUCAAUGUCCCGAUGCCAUUGAUGAUGUGGGAUGGGCCCGCAGCCCAGUGGUCUGGCAUGAUACCAACUGAUCCGGAGCUUCUCGACGAUGAUGAAGACGACAUACUGAUUAUAAGCAAGAUGUGCGACAGAGCAAUAUUGAUGAUGGAUAACAAGCCGCUUUUACCGCUAUUGUCUUGGGACCGAUGCCUCGGAAUGGCGAUCUGGUGCUGGUGCAUGAAGCACUCGCAAAGCGACAGGGAAUUUAUUGAGAGUAUUAAGCCAUUUGUGCUAGAGCCGUUAAAUGGAGCUGGAGUUCAUUAUAACUCUGUAGAACACUAA